GCCCCGGCCUUGGGAAAAGCUGCAAGCAACGGCCAAUAAAGAAAGGCAACGUCGCCUGCACAGCACAGCACAGCGAAGGCGCCAUCUCUCCCUCCAGCCUGGACUGGCCCUCCCUCCCCCUCACGCGCACGCACACGGCCGCACCCAGCUCCUCCUCCGCUCUCUCUGCGCCCUCUGCCUCUCCCCAGGCUCGCUCGCUCGCGGAGAGAGAAAGCGAGAGGCGAGGGAGGUGGGAGAUCACAGAUCAGGAGGCUUUUGUUUGGUCGAGAGACCACAAGCUCCACCACGGCCCAAUCACCGAGCCUCUGCCUUCUUUAGGCGCGCUCCCCUCCCACGGUGGAGGCCGAAUCAUCUCCUCUCUGCCUCCCUCGACCCACUUCGGCAUCUGCCGGGCCGGGAUCGAUACCGCCGCCACCGCAUAAAUACCGCCUCCCCUGCCACUGCCACUCCCCCUCUCUUCUCCUCCUCUCCUCCCGUGGCCUCUGCCUGACAACGCUGGGCGGAAUUGGUCGGCUGAGCCUGAGAGAGAGAGAGAGAGAGAGAAAGAAAGAUGAUGAAGCAGGAGUCGUGGAUGGAGGUGCUGCCGGUGCCGCCGGCGCCCUACUUCGCCGGCCAGGCAGGCGGCUGGUUCUUGCAGCAGGACCAGCGGGGCACCGGCGGCGGCGGCGGGGCGUGGUCGCCGCAGGAGAACAAGCUCUUCGAGGAGGCACUCGCUCGGGUCGACGGGGACGCGCCGGACCGGUGGGAGCGGGUGGCGGCGCUGCUGCCCGGCAAGACGGUGGCCGACGUCAUGCGGCAGUACGACGACCUCGAGAACGACGUCUGCUUCAUCGAGGCGGGGCUCGUCCCCUUCCCCCACUACAACGCCAACGCCGGCGCCCCGGCCUCCGGGUUCACCCUCGACUGGGACGGCGGCGGCGACCUGGCGUUCAAGCGCUCCUGCUACAUGGCGGCGGGCGGCAACGGCAAGCGCGGGCGCGGCGCGGACCAGGAGCGCAAGAAGGGCGUGCCAUGGACGGAGGAGGAGCACAAGCUGUUCUUGAUGGGCCUGAAGAAGUACGGGCGAGGCGACUGGCGGAACAUCUCGCGCAACUACGUGACGAGCCGGACGCCGACGCAGGUGGCCAGCCACGCGCAGAAGUACUUCAUCCGCCUCAACUCCGGCGGCAAGGACAAGCGCCGCUCCAGCAUCCACGACAUCACCACCGUCAACAUUCCGGACGACGACCACGCCAGCAACACCAACCCCUCGCCGUCGCCGCCCUCCGCGCUCACCGCCACCUCCUCCGCCCCGGAGCAGUUCGGCGCGCUCGUCGACAGCAAGCCGCCGCCGCCUCUCGGCGGGAACCACCGCUUCAUGCCGGCCCAUCUAUGCAAUGCGGCCAGCUCCAGCCUCUCGGUUGACCAGGGGCUCCUUGGAGCAGCAGCAGCCCAGCCGCCAUCGGAGAAAGCUGUCUCGUCCUCGAGCGUGCACGAGGAGGGAGGGGAGAACCACACCACAUCGCACGUGCUCUUGCAAGAGUCGGCGUCGGUGACAUUCGAGGAUAGUGGUAUAUGGGUUUUCUUUUCUUUCGACAAGGAGGCUAGAACCCCGGCAUGUGCAUCAACUUAUGCACACAACCAUACUUACCAGAGAUUUAUGGGGGAUAGAGUCAAGGGUAACCCCUCUUCAUUUUGUUUUUUGAGAACACCCAAGGGGGAUGAGUGGAGCGGCGGCGGGGCGUGGUCGCUGGAGGAAAACAAGCUGUUCAAGGAGGCGCUCGUGCGGGUCGACGGUGAUGUGGCGGACCGGUGGGAGCUGGUGGCAUCGCUGCCGUCCGGCAAGACAGUCGCUGACGUCAUGAUGCACUACGACGACCCGGGGAUUGAUGUCUGCUUCAUUGAGGCGGAGCUCGUCCCCUUCCCCCACUACAACGCCGGCGACAGCUCCUCGGCCUUUCGAAAAGUAGGUUGA